UGAAGAAAAUUUUGGCUGCUGCCAAGAAGCUCAUUUUAAAUGGCUUUUAAAACUUUAAUUUAAACAAAAUAAACUUUAAAGUGCAAAGACACAAUAACCAGUGAUAGCAUAAGUUAAAAAUUAUGUUUUUAAAUGAUAUAUAGUGACUUUCUGUGUUCUUAUUGAGAAGCGCACACACGCACUACUUGCUUACCCCACAUUCUCAUACACACACAUACAGUCAAACAAAAAACAAGUUCUAAUAAGAAAAUCAAAGUACUACACAAAGAAAAACGUAGCCCCAGAGCUUGCAGUUUUCAACUUGACUUUAUGAUGGGCACAAGCAGUGGCUUUAAAACUGAAGGCACCAGCGGCAGCUUUAAAACCGAAGAAUCACUAUCAAUGUCAUUAAAUAGCAAUGCAGCAGCCGUAGCAGCAGGCAAUGCAGCGAGUAGUGCUGCUGCUGCUGCUUCGCUGUCCUCCGUUGAGCUUUGCCUGGUCUGCGGAGAUCGUGCCUCGGGACGUCACUAUGGCGCCAUAAGCUGUGAGGGCUGCAAGGGCUUCUUCAAACGUUCCAUACGCAAGCAAUUGGGCUAUCAAUGUCGCGGCGCGAUGAACUGCGAGGUCACCAAACACCAUCGCAACAGGUGUCAAUUCUGUCGGCUACAAAAGUGUCUGGCCAGCGGCAUGCGAAGUGAUUCUGUGCAGCAUGAACGCAAACCCAUUGUGGACAGACAAGAGCGUAAGCCUAUUGCGGACAGACGGGAAGCGAGUACAAGCAAUUGUAUUGCAGGCAGUUCCAGCGUUGGCUCCAAUGCUGCUGCAGCGAGCAGCAGCAAUAGCUCAUCCAAGUCGUGUUAUCAGCAAUCACGUGUGAAGCAGGAGCAGCAGCAGCAGCAGCAACAACAGCAGCAACGGCAGCAACAUGCAACUGCAGCAGCGCUAUUCCAGCACGCUGCCACGCCUCCUAUGGGCAGCGCAGCCAGCACGCCUUUUGGCUUAAGCGAGAAUAUCUUUCCCAUGAGCCUAAACUUUGCCGAGCUUACACAGACGUUGAUGCUUGCAUCGCAACAACAACAACAGGCUAGCAACAGCAGCGCACCGUUGUGCUACUCGCCCGAGCUAAGCAAGCCAGAGGUAGAGGACGAUGAUGAUGACUCCAUGGAUAACAGCAGCAGCUUGUGCCUGCAAUUGUUGGCCAACAGCGCCAGCAACAACAACUCCCAGCAUUUGAAUUUUAAUGCAGCAGCAGCCGCCGCCGCCGCUGCUGGCAGCGAUCCAGGCAGCGCGCUGCCUACACCCGCUACAGUGGGUCUCAUACAGAGCUCGCUGAACAAGCGCAUCAUAGAUCGCGCCCUACAAAUGCUGCAGCCCAUACAGCAGCAGCUGGAGCGGAAUCAAAGCGUGUCGAGCAACGCCACAAGUUUGAACAUUAAGCCCGAGUGUGAAUCAGAUGCAGAUGAUAGCGGCACAGAGGAUGUAGACGCUGAUCUAGUGGAGCAUAUGGAGUUGGACUUUGAUUACUGUAAUCGCAGUGAUUUUGUGGCCAAUGAAGCCAUCUUUGCACAGGAUUUGUUUGUAAAUGAAGCGCAGUGUGCGUUCCAUGUGCAGCCACCAACACUAGUGCAUUCGUAUCUGAACAUGCAUUAUGUCUGCGAGACUGGUGCACGCAUUAUCUUCCUGACCGUGCACAUGCUGCGCAAAGUGCCCGCUUUUGAGCUGCUGGACACGUACACACAGAUGAAACUGUUGCGCGGUUCCUGGCCUGCUUUGUUGGCUGUGGCGCUAGCACAAUGCCGCCAACUGGCUGUGGGCACCAUCAUUGGUCAGCUGGUGCAGAGCGUGCGUCAGUUAGCAGAGCUUGAGAAGAUGGAGCCACAAAAGAUAACUAAGCUGGCGCAGAUUACACACACCUUGCAUCACUUUGUGCAGGAGAUGCAAUCACUAGAGCUUACAGAUUUGGAAUUUGGGCUGCUGCGUCUGAUAGUGCUCUUCAAUCCGAUGCAAUUGCAACAGCAGCGACGUGAACGAUCACUGCGCGCCUAUGUGAAGCGCGUGCAGCUUUAUGCCAUGGCCACAUUACGGCGUCAAGCUGGUGGUGAGGAGCGCGCCAAUGUGCUCUUUGCUACUCUGCUGCCGCUAAGCGGCCUGGAGUCGGAGCUCACCGAAGAGCUGUUCUUUGCCAAUCUGGUGGGACAAAUGCAAAUCGAUGCUAUGAUACCAUUCAUACUAAUGAUGUGUAACAGCAACGGACUCUAGACACAACAUAAAAAGACU